GGCCUUAUUGAUCUAUUUUUUUGGACAUCAUAUGAUAUAAAUCCUCAGGGAAGUAGGUAAGAGAGGAGAAUAAUAAGGCUGUUGGGUUUCUUUCAGGAAGGCCUUUCGGGUCAUGAAGUGAUCAUGGCCAACAAACCUUGUACUGUAUUUGACUGGAUGCUCGUAGGAAUACUUGGAUACCUAGAUUGUUGGAAAAUGAUCGAGAAAACUAGCUUUAUAUUUAGUUUAACAUUAAUAGCAUAAUUUUUCUCAACCUUUUUUUUGGGGGGUUUAAAUAACAACUUGCAACAAAAUUUUCAUCAUCCAUUUGUUCUUUUCUUUUCUUCUAUUUCUUUUUUUGGGAGAACAAACGGGGAAGAACCCAAUCGACUUCUUUUACAAGUUCCUACAAUCAAAAGGCUGAAUAUGGAUUAUUUUUCCCUCUAUCUUGAUCGUUUUUCUUCUCCUUUUUUUCUCCAUGGCGUUGCGAUAAACAUGCAUGGAGAACUAAGAAGCCUGUGCUGUUCAGUCCGCAUUCAUCCAUCCACCCCCAACCGCCGGAGACUCUCAACAUUUUCCCUUCUCAGCCCAUGCACGUAGUACCAACUCCCAAGGGUGAAAUGAGCUUACUCUCCUCAACAAGCAGUUCAUCUAAGAGGUCAUUGGACCAGUCCAUUGAGCUAGCGAACACAAGAAGUGAUGCCGCUGCUGAUCUACCCGAGCCACAAGCGGACGUCAAGGCAGUAGUGAAGAGGGAAGGGAAUAGGAAGGGCACAGCAAGCUCAGAGCAAGAAGGUCCCAGAACACCAGACGCUAAGACAUUGAGGAGGCUUGCUCAGAAUAGGGAGGCAGCCAGAAAAAGCCGGCUCAGGAAGAAGGCUUAUAUUCAACAACUAGAGACUAGUAAAAUCAGGCUAACUCAGAUAGAACAAGAGCUCCAAAGGGCAAGAGCUCAGGGUUUACUUGUUGGUGGCGGAGGCCUUCUCGGCGGGGAUCAAGGCCUCACCGGCGGCAAUGAUGCGGCGAUGUUCGACAUGGAGUACGGAAGGUGGCUUGAGGAUCACCACCGGCUGAUGUGCGACCUGAGGGCUGCAGUGCAGGAGCACUCGCCGGACGACGAACUUCGGAUGCUCGUGGACAACUGUGUGGCCCACUACGAUGCCAUGACGAAUCUCAAGAGCUUAAUCGCCCGGUCUGAUGUCUUCCAUCUCAUCUCCGGCAUGUGGAAGACCCCCGCAGAACGCUGCUUCAUGUGGAUUGGUGGCUUCCGCCCCUCCGAGGUCAUCAAGAUUGCUAUAAGACACACAGAGCCACUAACGGAGCAGCAAAUACUAGCAGUUUGUGGCCUGCAACAGUCCGUCCAUGAGACGGAGGAAGCCUUGAGCCAAGGCCUUGAAGCCCUUUAUAGAUCCCUUUCUGACACCAUCAUCUCUGAUGCGUUGAAUUGUCCGUCCAACAUGGCCAACUACAUGGGCCAGAUGGCCGUAGCCAUUAACAAGCUCUCCACUCUUGAAGGUUUUGUCAGACAGGCUGAUAUUCUGAGGCAACAGACCAUCCAUAAGCUUUAUCAGAUGCUAACCAUCCGUCAGGCAGCUCGGUGCUUCUUGGCGAUGGCUGAGCAUUUCCACCGCCUCCGCUCGCUGAGCUCGCUUUGGCUUGCUCGGCCAAGGCAGGAGUGAUAUUAGAAAUCCUAAAGACACACAUGUAGGGAAAGAGGCCAGGUGACUCAAACAAGGAAAAGAAAUGAAAAAGAAAAAAAAUUACAGACAAGUUCCACAUUCUCACCUAUUUCUUUUAAUUACAAAGGGUUUAUAGAGAUGUAGGAGGCCCGGGCCUUUCAUCUUUUGUAGAGUUCUGUAGAUGGGUAUCCACAUAGAUGGAUGCAUUACAAGGAAUCAAGUAUGUUGUAGGGUCUCCCAUCCUCAUCUUCUCUUUCUUAGCUCUCCUAUCCAUGACAGGAAAUCAAACUUGUGCUGGAGGGACUUCUUUGAGAAGCCUUUUUCAGACUAUAUAUAUAUAUAUAUAUAUAUAUGGACAAGUAGAAAGUUGAAGACUAAGAGGGCUAAGAUCUUGGAAGAAGGAGAAGGUGGAGUUUUCUUUGUUUUUAUUUCUUUUUUCUUGUAAUUAACUUUUUCAAUAAUUUUCUAGGUUCAGGUGUGUGGGUGCCUGUGCCUUGAAGACUAGGUGGUAGAAUGGAGAGGGAUGGGUGGGUAGACUCUGGAACAUCUGGUAAAGGUGGAGGCCAGAUUUCUACCGAACCUUGGCUGAUGAUAUGAUGCUAAUUAAUGUAGCUUGCUCUUUUCUUUUACUACA